AUGUCAAAUAUUUUUAAUCUUCGUAAUAAUCUUGAAAGUAGGGUAGGUAACCCUAUUUUAAGGUUGGUCGAGACCCAACUGAAAAAAUGUCAACUUGUGAAUAGACAUUUUCCGAAAAUUCAACCCAACCCAAAUCGGGGAAAAAGGAAGGAGAAGAUGCUAGUGAUAUUAGGCGCCACCGGGUGCGGCAAAUCCGGAUUAUCCGUCCGAUUAGGCACUCAUUUCCCAGCCGAAAUCAUAAACUCCGACAAAAUGCAAGUUUACAACGGCUUAGACAUUACAACAAACAAGAUUCCAUUACACGAACGACAUGACGUCCCACAUCAUAUUCUCGGCGACAUAGAUUCCGACAAAGGGGAAUUCACUUCACUCGAUUUCAGAAUCCGAGCCGACAAUGUCGUUUCCGACAUCGCUUCUAGAAGCAAACUCCCGAUUCUUGUCGGUGGGUCAAAUUCCUUUAUCCACGCAAUGUUGGUAACCCAUUUCAAUCCAAACGACGACGUAUUCAACGCUACUAUCCCCCGAUUAAUCUCCUCUGAUUUACGUUACCGGUGCUGUUUCCUCUGGCUUGACGUGGCGUUUCCGAUAUUGGCAGAGUAUUUAUCAAUCCGAGUUGAUGAAAUGCUCCAACUCGGGAUGUUUGAGGAAUUAGCCGAGUUUUAUGAUCCAACUACGGCGGAAACGGCGUCGUAUAGUGGGAUUAGAAAAGCAAUUGGAGUUCCUGAGUUUGAUAAGUACUUUAAAAAAUACCCACCGGCGAGGAAUAACAAGAUUCAUAAAUCGGCGUUUGAUGACGCCGUUAAUGAAAUCAAAUUGAACACGCACGUGCUGGCGAAGAGGCAGAUUGGGAAGAUUUUGAAACUGAAACAGGCGGGUUGGGAUAUAAACGUGUUGAAUGCGACGGCGGCGUUUAGGGCGGCGGUUCAACCGGGGAACAGGAUGAACCGGGAGGAGAUAUGGAAGAACCAGAUUUGGGAACCCAGUUUGAGGAUUGUAAACCGCUUCUUGGAGGAGUAG